CUGUUAAUUCAAUAUGGCUGACUGGGUAUUGUAUGAAAAAGUAAAACUCUUUCGAUUCCUUUGCUAAACAGCUGCUGAGUAGACUCAUAAUGGGAGGAAAAGAUAAACAGCGGACUAAAGGAAACGUUAAGGUAUGGUAAAUAGAGAUUGGCUCCCUCCCACGGUCGUUUUUAGGAUGAGAACCAUCAAUAACCUACUUCCUUAGCAUUGCUGGUCCGCACGUGACGUCACGGCGGGCAUGUUGGUAGUUAAGAACAAAAUCUUUUCUCUCCUCUGGGAACUAAACUCUAAUUCUAUUCUCUUGACCCCCUCCAUGGGGGCAUCAGAGUCACUAUUUUACCAUUUUUUGGGUACCGGAAUCACAUUUUUAUCCCAGUUAAAGAGGGAUAGGAAUUUGAUUUUUCCUUGUUUGGAAUCUGUCAGAGUAUUGAAUACAUUCCUAUUCGAGAGUGCAGCUGGAAUCUGGAUUGGCAUCCAUAUAUAGCCUGGGCACCAAAAAGGGGCCUGUCGCUACCACAGAGAAUCGUGCAGUGCUGUCAGCUCUCCCGGAUAAUCCGGGAGACUCCAGAUUGUGACCCAUAUCUCCCAGUCUCCAGAUUAGAGCCUAAAAUCUCCCGGAUAAUCACCAAAGUUUGACAUUUCCUGUGGACUUGACUCUCUGACAAUGACAUUUCAAAUAUUUUGCAUUGUUUGAGCUAUUUCAUUUUAUUUAGUUUUCUUUUUCUUUUUGUUUUGUUUUGUUUUUUUGAGCUAUUUUGUUAACAUUGAACGUUUCCUUAUAAAUUCCAGUAUGCCAUUGAAAUCUAAGCAAUAAUGUGAUUGGUGACAAGUUAACCAAUCAGGUCAAUUGUUACAAUUCCAACAACAUCUUUUUUGCAUGUUUUUGGAGAAAUGACAUCAUGUGCUGCGCAUUAUGACAUCAUCUACCAAUCCUCGAUAUUUGACAGUCCUGAUCGUGCCUUCCAGCCAUAAAGGGAUUUCGGAUGUAAAUGGUAUUUCCCAAAUGACAUUAUGUCCAUGAUUUAAUUUCUUUGAGUACAUUCAGAUUCACUCCGUAUUUAUAAACCUUCUUUAGCCUUCCAGCAGUGGUCGUGCUGCAGCACUGAUGUCCAAGGAUGGCACUGUGGGUUUUGUUGGUUUUGGAGGAUUGAUGGGAAGCCCAGGAUCAAGUAACCUUGGUUAUGUACCAAUGGCUGCUGGUGCUGUUGAAGAUGUUGACGCUACUGUUGAUUCAGAAUUUAGGAUGGUGAUGAGGAAGUUAAUGAAGAGAGACUCAGUUACAAAAUUGAAGGUACUGGCCAUGGUGCAAACCUAAAAAAUAGAUUUGAGCUAUUUGCUAAUCUUAAUAUUAUUAAAAACUGAAUCAUUGGAUAAUGCAAUUCGAUCUAUAGCUCUGAUUGGCUUUACAACCAUCAUGGUAUAUGAGGCAUUAUACCACGCUCUCCAGUUAUGGUAAUUGUAUGUGUCUGCUCAAAAUCAAAAACAAGCUGAAAGUCGGUUGUUUUUACAAAUAAAGUUGGGAACAAUUCUCGACAUUUUGUGAGCGUUUUUUUAAAACAAAAUUCCACUAGUCCUUGUUGGAUAUGAGAUGAUUAUAGCCAAUUCAGCGCUAUGUGCCUCACUGGCUAUCUACCAUCUCACUUGCACUCAUGGAAUAAUUGUCAAAUAAUAAAUAAAUUAUUUGUACACCAGGACCAAGUUGUUCAAAGCUGGGUUAAGAUAACCAAGGGCUAGUGUGAAAAUUUAAAAAGCAUUUCAGUUCUGAUUCUUUUUGGGUACAAGUUGAUGAUUGGAAGCUCUAAAAAUAACAGAGAAAGUUAUCCAAGAAAAUUGUUUUGAACACAAGAAAAAGAAACCAUAAAUUUAACCCCAGGUUAAGUGCUAAUCGGCCUUCGAACAACUGGGCCCAGGUAACAAAUAACAGGUCAGUGGCCUUAGCUGGUCAGAAACCACUUAUUUUUUCAAUUAAUUUUAUUUGUCCACAUUUUUGAAUGGGAUAGGAUCCUCUUGUACACCUUCAUUUAUCUUGUCAUUAAAAUCCUUACAGAUAUCGUACCUUGGCUAUGGUUAAAAUAUUUAACGGAAAAUCAUAAAUAUAAUUUUUUGUCAGAGGUAAUUUGAUUAACAGAAGUAUUUACUGUAAGUUAGUAAAUAUAAAAUUUAUCUAAGUAAAAAUGUAAAAUAAAAUAUAUCUGCAUAAAAAUUCAAAUGAAGUCAAAAAAUCACUAAUAUCUAGUGAUUCUUAGCUAAGUAAUGCAGUAGCUGAGGAAUUUGACUUGACUAUUUCUACAAGUAACCUAUUCCUUACCCUUAAGGUCCUUGGGAAGGAGGAAUAGAAAUAAAUGUUUCCCAUCACCUUAUCUUCCCUACAGCUGUAUCUUCUUCAGUUCUAAAUUCAGAUUGGGGUGUUAGAUACAUGAGGGUGUUUACAUCAAUAUUAGUUUGUCCACAACUCAUUUGCACAAAAGGGUAUGGGUACAUCUAAUCAUAGUUCUUCUGAAUUCCAACCUUUCCAUCCUAGACCCUGGAUGGCUGUCAGAAAUGCAUGACAGAAUUGUUUUGCGUAAAAGAACAAUAACACUGCACUUUAUUUGGUGCAAUUUACGCAGCAUGUAAUAUGAUAUCAUGAUAGCUGGCUGUUUACUUAAUACACUUGCAGAAUUACAGAACUAAAUUUACUAAUGGUAACUAUAAUAUGAGGCAUAAUAGAGUUUAUUUGGAGCAAUUUAUUCAGAUGUUUUAGGUACCGGUAAUCAAGACAUCACAUCCAUUGAGUUUCCUUGCUGUACCCUUCUUUACUACCCACACUCCAGAGCUACAUGUAUGCCUUCAACCAUUUUUUAAAGGCAUUUAAAUCAGCAAACUGGCUUAUCUUUCUCUGACUUUAUUAUCAUAGGCAGUGCAAGAGUUCACUGAUUUGUGCAAAAGUUCAACUGCUGAAGCUGUGGAAAGUGCUCUUCCAUUUUGGCCAAGACUUUUCAACAAAUUAGCCAUGGUAAGAUGUCAAAUUAAGUUGUGAUAAAACACUAUAGCCAUAUCUUUAUACCUAGUAAGCACUGAAAAUCCUAAUAAUCCUAAUCCUAAUAUCUUUGACGAGACUUCUUGAGUUGAUCUGAAAAACCCUGUUCAAAUUUCAUUGGUAGCUCACUGCUUUGAGAGGACUUCACCAUCAGGUUCACUCGAAAGAGUUUGUUAGUAAAUUGAUCAUGAACCGUUCCAAAUGUAUGCUGGCUAUCUUUUAUGGUACAUGUACGCCUGCAGGUCUACAGAUGAAGAGUGUGUGCAUUUAGUGUAAGAUUUUGCAUAUAAGAAAUGACAGAAUUUGUUCUUGUGAUUACUGAUGACACCAAAGACAUAUGGCUUUGCUCACCUCAGGCACACUUCUGCUUUAGUCCACUGGCCUAUUUUGCAUAAUAUUAUACUCUUACAGUGUACAUGUAUAUUUGUGCAUGCAGUGUAUACGCCAGAGGGCGAUUCGUGCCAGAACAAAAAAUCUGAGCCCAUUUUUAACCUUGGGCAUUGCUCUUGGAAGUUCAAGCAAUUUAUGAAUUAUGAAAGUUGUCAUGGACUAUGCCGUUGGAUGAAUAUCACCCCAUUACAUAUUGUCAGAAGCUUUGGAUAGUUUUUGACAGCUGUGCUGUAUAUAGUAUCCAUCUAUUACCUAUAACUCUGUGGCAAUGGAAGUUGACAGAUAUUUUGGUGUGAAUGGCCACUCAUAAUUUUUUUCAGGUGAUCUGUCUCACAGGUCAAUACAGGUGUACAUGUAUGUGUUAUCCCUAUUUAUUUGCAAAUUUGUUUCGAGGAAGUGGGGGUAUUUUUUUCAGUAAACAACAAUGUAAGCAAAAAGCCAUGCAAGUUCUCAGGGCUAGAAAAAAGUCCCCUCUGGUAGUCCAGGGCUUUCUUGUUUAACUCUUAAAACCCUAAGAUUAAAAUUUGAAUUCUCAUUAGUUGCCCCUAUUCAUUUCCUACAGAAGCUAAUGGGGAGAAGUUGAUAAUCGUGUGAUCAUAUCAGUAAUUCUCAUGACCACUCUGUUUUACAAAUCAUUGAUAUUACAAGGAGAAAUUUGAUGCUGAUCGCUCUUAGGGCUUAAAGGGUUUUAAUGGGCAAUGGUCCAGGCAAGUCAUCGGUCCUCUAAGAAAAUCAUUAACUUGCUAAGAAAAGCAUGAAGAGGCCCCAGGCAAGAAAAAUGUGAGAGCUGCUUACCCAAAGGAUUUUUCUAAACCUGAGCUCUGUCACAAAAUACGGUUUUAAAAUGUGAUCAUAUGAUUAUUACCAGUGCUUACUUUCGCUUUAUGCAUUGCAAAAGGUUUCUAGUGGUCCAAACAAAGACCUACAGCUGUACAAUGUACUCAAACACACAUUACCGUCAAGGCUUGGUUUGAAUAAUUAUUUUCCACACAGGAUAUUGAUCAUAGAGUCCGUGAAGCCACUCAGCAAGCAAUGGAACAGCUGGUCCUCAAAGUGGGUCGUAAUCUUGCCCCUCAUUUGCGUUAUGUGAUUGGUCCUUGGUUGUGUGCACAGUUUGAUACCUAUGCGGUUGUAGCAUCUUCAGGAAAAAGGUCUUUUCAGGCUGCAUUCUCGGAUGAAAAGCAAGCUGAAGUGAUCAUGUUCUGUAGAAAGGAGUUCUUUGAGGUUUGCUUUGAUGAUCUUUUUGUCUUCUGCUAUUAAAUUAUCACCUUUAAAACCUGCUUGCAAUCCAGAGUCUACAAGGUUCUCCCACUGAGCUCAAACAUUCUCUGUCUACUAUAUUUUAUUGCAAUAAUCGUAAUCCUCUAUAACAGUCAUUUACGUGUAUGACUGAUACAAAACUGCCAUGCUCGAGGGCAGGAGAUGCACUGGGAGAAGACAAAUAAGUAAAAUUACCAUUGUAUAAUUGUAAGCCUUUGCUUGUCUUGUCUCAAUGCGUCCCUUCUCUCCAGUGUGGCAGUUUCAUACCACUUGAACGACUUGCUGCAAAGGACCUAUUUGGCCUUUCUCUCCAUAAGUCUCUCCCCAUAGCUUAGUUGUCAGAGUACCCUCCUCCCCAUUAUUAUUUGGGAGACUCGAGCUUAAUUCUUAUUUUCCUUACCCUAUGAUAUGAUGAUAAUUACAUGGUCCUUAAUAUGGAACUUUGCUACAAUAAUGUUCUUGAUAUUUCAUCCACUGCUGCGUGGAUAUAAAUGUCUGUUAUGCUGUGAGUUUUAUCUUGACCAGGGGUGCCGAAUGAUGCCUGAUAUGUCCACAUAUUCUAGCCCUAAUCACUAAAACAUGUCCAGCGUAAUGACUUAUCAAAUAUUUGAAUAAAAGUAGUGACACUCAAUGUAUACAUGACGAUUUGUUUUUGACCCGUAAAGGAAACCUCUUCCCUUUGCCACUAUGUAUUUACACAAGGCUCUCGGCUGGGAUUCUUAAUAAGCUGAUCCUUUUUUGCUUACAGUACUUGCAGGAUAACAUACUGACACAAACACCUGCAACCCUCUCUGAUCCAAAGUAA